AGGAGGGGAGCAGAGAGGAGGCAGCUGGAAAAUGUGAAGCGGAGCGGUUCCCAGUCUCGUCCUGCUGUGGGGGGGCGGGCGGGUGUACGCUGUUGUUUCAUUUUGGGGGAGAUGCUGCCUGCGGAAGACUCGGCCUCCUGGAGCAUCUCGUUCGCCGGCUGCGGCUUCCUGGGCAUUUACCACAUCGGGGUGGCCAGCUGCCUGUGUGAACACGCUCCCCAGCUGGUCCACAACGCCAGCAACAUCUACGGCGCAUCGGCCGGAGCGCUGACAGCCUGUGCGCUGGUCAGCCGAGCCUGUCUCGGAGAAUGUGGUGCAAAUAUCAUUGAUGUUUCCAAAGAAGCACGGAAGAGGUUUCUGGGUCCACUCCACCCUUCCUUUAACUUGAUAAAGAUCAUCCGUAGCCGGCUUUCCAAAGGACUUCCAGACAACGCACACGAGCUAGCAACAGGUCGACUGGGCAUUUCAUUGACCCGUGUCUCUGAUGGCGAGAAUGUUCUGGUGACUGUUUUCAACAAUAAGGAGGAGCUUGUCCAGGCCUGUAUAUGCAGCAUGUUUAUUCCUGUGUACUGUGGACUGAUACCACCAACGCUGCAAGGCGUGCGAUAUGUAGAUGGAGGAAUUACAGAUAACUUACCUCAAUAUGAACUCAAAAACACAAUUACAGUCUCCCCCUUUGCUGGAGAAAGUGACAUCUGUCCUCAUGAUGGCUCCAACAAUAUGCAUGAAUUGAGAAUAACCAAUACCAGCAUCCAAUUCAACCUGCAGAACCUGUACCGCCUUUCCAAGGCAUUAUUUCCUCCUGAAGCAGAGGUGAUGCGGAAUAUGUGCAAACAGGGAUACAGUGAUGCACUGGACUUCCUCAAGAAGAAUGCUCUGCUGAACCAGCAGCGACUUUUGCGCAGUCCUUCUCACUCAGCUUCCGACCCACACGACGCAGCUAAUGACGUUGAAGAGGGGCCAGUAGAGGAUCAAGUUCUGAUCACAUUCAGUAAGAAUGAUGACAAGAUUCUCGAACAUCUGUCACCUCGAUUACACAAAGCAUUAAUUGAAGCCUGUGCUGAAAAGAGAGGUUUCCGUGCAGUCUUCUCGAACAUGUUGCCAGUUCGCCUAGCCUCGACCCUUAUGCUUCCUUAUACUUUGCCCUUGCAAUCUGCGGUUUCACUCACCAUAAAAAUGUUGGAAUGGUUGCCUGAUCUGCCCGAAGAUGUUGACUGGAUGAAAGAACAGGUUGCCAAUAUUUUAUGGUACUUUGCCACGAAUGCCAAGGCAAAACUGGGACAUCAACUUUCAACAAGGCUGCAAUAUAGUUCAAAGCUGCAGAGGACCCAAAGCCUUUUCAUAUCACCGAGACCAUCUCCCUACAUGUCUGUGAAGAAGUGGAUUCGGAGUAAUACUUCUGUCAUGGAUCUGAUUUCCAAAUGUGAAGCAUACCAGCGUCACCUGUGGUCCAGCAUGCCCUUGCUCAACUGGGAAGUGCCGGACUCUGUCUUUCAGGACGAUCUCAAAUCUGGCUUAGAGAUGAAAGUGUCUGUUCACCACGGGGACCAGAUCUGACCAUAAGGAGGCACCUUCUUCCACACACAGCAAUUCUUCCUCAGUGUCAUAUUAACUGCAGAUAUUUUUAUUAUGCGCCAGUAUGCCACGUGGAAACGAACUGUCUGAAAACUUAUGGAAGUUUGCAUUCCACACAAGCCAUGCAUAUUGACAAACUUCUUCCUGUUGAACAAAUGAUUUUCUACUAACCACUUUGCUAUUGUUUGUGACCACUAAGUUUGGGGUACACCUAUUUUAUAACUUCAUUAUCACAGUACCUUUUCUGGUAAUUACUGUAUUUCAAGAUCAUUCUAUUAAUUUAAAGAUGAAUUGAAAUUUUAUAAUUUUUUAAAAUAUCAAAACUAUUCAGAAAUAAUGUAUAUUAUUAAUAUAAAUUAAGCUUUCUUCAAAAAGCAUUAUAAAGCUAAAUUUAGCUUUGAGAUAGGGGAUUGGAUUUCUCAAUGGAAUCAUGAAAUUUGUGGAGAAAUCUGACUUGCAAAACUGAGAAUGACCAAAGAUAAAUUUAAUGCCAGAAGUAACUUUAGUCUAACAGGGGUCAUAUUUGGAGAAAGAAAAUUCUAGUUUCUUGCGAAGUGGUGAACUGAAAAUUGCAUACAUAAGUAUCCAUACCUCGUCUCUUUACGUUUCGGAUCAAUGCAAUAUUCUUAUGCCAAAUCAAUGCAAUUGUGAACUACUUGUUAAGUAUUUGAUUCAUUUUAGUUGGAACUUUUUGAAAAAGUGGAAUGUUUGAAAUGCGACUUCAAAACUUUUAGUUUAAAAUUCUUAGCUUUUUAAACCUGAGUGGAUUUAUUGUUAAGUCUUGUUCUAUUUCAAAGUAACAAUAGCUGUCGAUAUAUUUAUAGAUUCUUUCCGUAAUUUUUGUGACAUACUUUGACUACAUUCAUAUCUUAGCCUAUACAUUUCAUUGUUUUGUUUCUAUUCCACUGUUUUUGCGACUCCAUCAAUAUGGGUGUAGUUUGUGUACAUCUGUCAGCUGAACAAAGAUAUAAGCUUUCAGCUUCUGUAUUACUUACCUCUACCUAAUACACUGUUCUAAGACACAAGCCUUCCCACUGUGUUCCCAGUUCCAGACAUUCAAGAUCAUCAAUAGAUAACAUGGCCUCAUUUGAUUAAUGAAUGGUUUGGAAUGCUUAUAAACAUUUGGGUGGAAUUUACCUUGGGUAAUAGUGUAAAGAGGACUUGAAGUGAGUGCUACUGAAUAUCUGGUGGUAUACCACUGCCUAAGCUAAAUUUGUAGCUUGUUAUACAAUGUCCUGAGACUCCAAUCUAAAUUAUCAUUAGACAGCCAUAAAUAAAUGUUAGUUUUGGAUUGGCUACAUUUUCAUAAAAAGUAUCUUCCACUAACUCUUCUAUGCAGUUGACUGGAAUAGUCACAGUGGUUAUGUGCUAAAGUAGUAUACGGAAUCCUCCGAACCUAGACUUUGAGUAACCUUUGUGCAUGCACUUUUUUUUUAUUUUUAAAUUUGUAUAUAAGGCACUAUGUACUUUACAGAUCCCUUUCGCUACUUUACAGUGUAGAGAAAAUGCCAUAACUAACGUGGUUUCACCUAGUACAACGACUUUAAAAUUUAUUGUUUAAUUUAUUAAAAUUUAAACUUUAUUAAACUCAUAGAUCUGAACAAAAAAUGAAUGCACAGUUGAUAUUUUAUGGAGCCUUUUCCAAUUGUUUCCCCUCUGUUUUAAGCAUUAGCCAAUCUUUAUUACAAGUGAUCUUUUGUAGAGUCCUUUUGCACUGCAGAUGUGAAAGAGUGGCUUACUGUAAUUCUCUGCUGCUAAUCUUCACACUCUCCCCAAUUGGGGCCUCUUAAUUAGACUUUGCAGCUUCUUCAUGUCUAAUGCAAACAAAGCACAUGUUAAUAUCUUCCGUUUCCAGAAACCAUUCGCUAGCUUGUAACCAGAGGCUAGAGCUUGAGGGGCCAUCCCACUCCACAUCAAGCAUGGCUGAUUAGGAGGUGCUCCUGUUCUAAUUACUUACCACAGGCAUAUUGGAAGGAUUUGCAGCUUGACAAUCACUUGUCAAAAAUACACUUAAGAACACACUUUCUGUGACCAUCAAGUCCUGGAGUAGGAUUCAAACCCAAAGCAUAUGGCUUAGAGGCAGGGAUGUUACCCACUGCAUCACAAGGCAUCCCCAAGGUCGCGAUAAUUUAACUAUAAUUUGCCACUACUGGAUGUGAGGAAUGUAAUCAGAUGAACAUGCACAGUGACACUGGUCUUCGCGAGCAGUGCUAAAUGGAUUUAGCUAGUCAACCACCCAUUUUACAGCACAGCCUUUCGCACUACAGCCUAUUCAACAUGAACCCAUUUCAUGCCACUAGUUCAGAUCAAUUCUGCCCCACUUCCCAUACCUCUAUACUAAUCACUAGACUUUAUAACUGCCCAGCACUAGAUAACAUUUAAAUGAAAAUUUAUUUAUAAUAUAUUACCAUGUAUAUAUUAUGUUUAAGACUAUACUGCCCUGUAUGAGUUAUCUGCAUUAUAAAAUUAUGGAUUACAAAUAUAUUGCUAUGUAUGAUUUAUCUCCACAAAGAAUUUUAAAAGAUGUUAAAUUUUGAGAAUGUUUGUAUAAACCGUACAUAGGCUAUAGCCUAAAAGAUGUGUAAUCUACAAAUAUGAUCAAUUUUAAAUAGUUGAAAGGAGAAUAGAUUUGUUGUUUAAUCAAAUUGUACUUAUUAAAUUUAGACAGUAUUUUCUUAAACUCCAAGGUGAGCAUUUGAAGUUACAGUUGUGUAUUGUAACUGAUUGAGUUACAGGUAUGAAUGGAGAUGGAUUGUAAUUUAAGGAGGAUCACACUUGAUAUGUUGAAGUGAAACAGGUUCCACCCUCUUCCCAGGUUCCUUCCUAGAGGGCACUGAUCUUUGGUGGGAAAUGGUUGUGUGAACUGUCUGGUACCUCUUUGAUAUAUAAUGAGUAUCCAAGUGUAAACCAAAACAAUGUGCUCGUCACCGAUGAAGAACGUCGUAGCCAGGACUGGUUCCACAAAUGCUUUUCAUAGCCUAUUCGCUGGAUUACAAUCAGACACUGAAAACCAGAGUAUCAAGACCACCCCAUGUGUUCUAACCUAGCUUCAGCUAACUUGGUAUAUGUGCCCAAGCUUGGGAAAUCUGGCCCAUAUAGCUCUAAUUUCUUUAGGAGUUUUGUAUAUACUGGAAGGCAGGGCAAACAAUCUAAUGAUCUUACAAUUCAAAUGAUUUUACAACUGAAUUACAAAAUUUUAACCCAUCACAUGAACUAUAGAAUGAGCAGUACAGUACAAGUCUAGUGAAAGAGUCUACGCAGGAUGAUUUACUGAUGGUCCACUGCUGAUCUUAAUUUACUGCAAGUGCAAAAUUAAUACUGAAAAUAGAGGUGGUGCUGAUUUUUAAGAUAUCUCCAUGGUUGCAUUAAUUUAUAAUCUUUUCUGAAGAGAUAUUCUCUUUAUUCCCCCAAUACCAAUUAAGCUAAAUUCUGAAAGGUUUUUAAACAGAUGCCUCUAAUUUCCUUUAGACUAUUACAAUAAUUCAUGAUUCAUAUUCAAUAGCAUGAUAACUUGACUUGAUUUUUAUAAUCCAUAGACACUGAAAACCACUGUACUAUAAUGAGCUUUUUCAUUAAAAUUAGAGACAAGACUUGUAUGUUCUGCAAAGAUUACUGGAAUGCAGUUAACCAUGUUGUACUAUUUUGUAAAUAAUGUCUUUGGAUGAUAUUUGAUCAUUAAACAAGUUCAGUUGCUUAAA